UUGUCGCCAAUGGUGUAUGUUCAAAACCGUUCAUGCUGUUGAUUAGCCUGGAAGAGAAGGCUACUUAAUGACGUCAGCAGUGGCAAUAUCAUCUGCUGUGACUUUAAAAAGUUUCACUUUUCCUAGACCACGUGUAAGUUGUUUGCAAACAAGGCGUUUUGGUCACAUGGCACUGACCUGCUGUAGUUUUUGGAAUAUGAGCCGUAUCUUAUACAUUGAUUCUCACACUGAAAAACACAUGUACAUGUAUCUCUGUGGUUUAUACGCCGGGUGGCUUAUACGGCAAACUUUAAAGGCUAAAAUCAAUCACAAAAGCCACACCUGGGCCACGCGUACCGUAUGCUGGUGACGCAGUCAUGUUUUUCGUUGGUUCCUGUUUACAUACACGUAACUGGAACCUUGGUGAAUGGAUAGAAAUUUGAGUUGUUCGGAUUUCGAGUUACCAAAUUCAAUUCCCCAAGUCAAACUUUACUUGCUCUGCCGUGAUGGCAAUGUUUUAGUGAUUAUUUUCCCACUUUUUAUUCAUUCUCAUGGUGUAUUUUUUGCACACAAAUGAUCAUUUUACUGAGAUCUUUUUACUGUUGUUACUCCAAGAUGUCUUUCUACCACUAAAUAAAAGUCAACCGCUUAAAUAGUAUUUGUUAUACCUUCGUGUAGCAAAUCUCGUCUUUUCGCCCAUCGUUUCGGCGUGAUAUGCCACAGAAUUUUGGGCUUGUAUUCACUUGGGCUGUCUGAUGACAUCACUUUCUGUGGUCACGUGGCUAUCGGAAAGUGAUGUCAUCAUGCCACAGAAUUUUAGGCAUGUAUUCGCUUGGGCUGUCUGAUGACAUCACUUUCUGUGGUCACAUGGCUAUCGGAAAGUAUCAGUGAUUGGACUGUCCAUUAAUGGGGUCUGUGGUAGCAGUGAGGAUAGCUUGAAAGCAGGAUUUGUUGCGGUCGGUGUGGGGUGGUGUGUGUAGUGCAUAUGCCGUGCAGCGUGCAUGCAACACAGGCGGUCGCACUUGGCAGUGAUGACUCAAACCAAGCGGUAUUGCUGAGAAGCGUUACAGGAGCUAGUGUCAAUUUCCCCUUGUCCCGAGUGUCGUGCUUCGAGUACGACUCACAGAAGUGUUCGGGCAAUGACAGCCGAUGCAGCACUGUCCAAGACUGUGACAUAGAGUUCGGCUACGCCGACCUGGACCUGGAGUUGAUGGAGACGAACAAGUGCUUCAUCCUGUGGCAGAACACCUCAGCCGGGCUGGAGGUGAUCAUGAAGGGCUGCUGGCAGAGCAGCUUCAGCAACGACUGCGUGGAGGAAGACCGCUGCGUCUCGCACGAGACAUAUGCUGACGGCGAGAAUCGCUACUUCUGCUGCUGCUCGGGCGACCUGUGCAACCACCAGUUCUACCAUGACCCACAGCCCAAGCCAACCUCCUCGGAACAUCCAUUUCAAAAUCCAGGGCACACCCCAGAAAAAAAGAGGAACCGAAGUAAUAUCAUACUUACCACCGUCCUGUACACACUGGUACCCAUCACCGCUUUCACCAUCAUCAUCAUCAGUGUGUACUGGAUAUGCCGGCGUUACCGGUACUCACUGCUCACCUCGGUGCCCAACAGCGAGCCCAGCCCGCUCUCGCCGCCUUCCCCUGUUCUGGGCCACCGGCCCAUCCAGCUGCUGGAGAUCAAGGCCCGGGGCCGCUUCGGGGCAGUCUGGCGGGCCCAGAUGGGCCAUCAGCAGGUGGCUGUCAAGAUCUUCCCCCUGCAGGACCGUCAGUCAUGGGUCACGGAGCAGGAGAUCUACUCGGUGCCCCAGCUGCGGCAUGAGAACCUCCUGAGCUUCAUCGGCACUGAGAGGCGCGGGGAGGGCAUGGACCAGGAGCUGUGGCUGAUCACGGAGUACCACCCCCGGGGCUCGCUGUGCGACUACCUCAAGGGCAACCUGCUGUCGUGGAGUGAUCUGUGCAAAAUCUCCCUGUCCAUGGCCUACGGGUUGGCCUACCUUCACGAAGACUUGCCUGCCACCACGCUGUGUAGUGCCAAGCCUGCCGUUGCCCACAGGGACUUCAAGAGUAAAAAUGUACUGCUGAAAAACGACUUGUCCGCGUGCAUCGCAGAUUUUGGGCUUGCUUGUAAAUUUGAAGCCGGUAAAAGCCCAGGAGAUACCCAUGGACAGGUGGGCACAAGGCGGUAUAUGGCCCCCGAGGUGUUAGAGGGCGCCAUACAAUUCCAGCGGGAUGCAUUCUUGCGUAUCGACAUGUACGCGUGCGGGCUGGUGCUGUGGGAGAUUGCGUCGCGCUGCACGGCACAGGAAGGUCCAGUUGAUGAAUACAUGCUCCCGUUUGAAGAGGAAGUCGGUCAGGCGCCAACCCUUGAGGACAUGCAGGAUGUUGUGGUGGUGAAGAGGCUGCGGCCAGUCAUCAGAGAGAGCUGGCUCAAACAUUCAGGUAUGCGGCUCCUGUUUGAGACGAUCGAGGAGUGCUGGGACCACGACUCCGAGGCUCGCCUCUCGGCGGGCUGCGUCGAAGAGAGACUCAGCCAGCUGCUCCGUUACAAUGUGUGCACGGCGCCGCUGAUCUCUCUCACCCCUUCACCCCCUAAGGAGUCCAGUCUAUGAGACACUGGUUUGGCAGUAAUGCUACAGGCACCACACUGCGACGUUACUAGUCACUAUGUUGUCAGUCGUUGGAAAUCAUUUCUGCUUGUUUUUUUUUCCCCAAAUUUUUAUGUCAUCAGAGGUUCUUACAUCGAAAAAUGUCCCAGUAGUGUAAAGCCAGACUGAUGCAGCUGACCCGCUAAAAAAGCGUGACCGACCAUAAAUGCGUAGGGUGGACCCGUGAACAAAACAGGCCCAUCCAGUCCACACAAGAUUACCCUUUUACUGGGAAACAGUUUUGAGGCAUUUUGGGGUUAAGGUUACUCGUUGAAAAAAAAAAAAAGGAAGAGGAACAGUCCAGGAUGCCGUGAAUAAGAAUCCAGUUUCAAAAGUGUGCACAGUGCGGGAAGAACGGCCUUUUUUCACUGAGUUUACCGCAAAUGUUCACGUUAGGGAGGUAACGUAAACGUGUGUGCCCUUCUUGUGUGUAUGAGCAUCGGCCACUAAAUGCUAGCAAGGGGGCAAGUGGCUUUACCACUUUUGACAUACAGCUUGUCAAUUUUUGACAUUGAUACAUGUGGCUGUCAAAACUUGUUCCAGGUGUGGAGAGCGUUGUUAGCUAUCACUGGAAUGGAACCAUGGGGCAGGUUCCACUUUGAUACAUUUUAUUCCUGUUUGUUGCCAAACUUGGACCAGAGAAAAUCUCAACAUUAAAAUUUGCUAUUGACCUGAAAAUGGAAACAUGUUAUUAUUGAGAACCCCCCAAGUAAAAAAACACCCGACCAGGAUUUCAUUCCAGUUUGAUAGCUUGCAAACAAAUUGUUAUUCAGAGUUAUGAGUAGAGACAAAGGUUUAAAUUUAUAACCAACUCAGAAACACUGCCAAACAGGACAGUGACCUGCUGGCCUCAUGUUGAGAUACUUAAAACCUGCCGAGGGGUUUCAGAGAAUUGUUGGAGUAUCUAGGAAGGCAUCGGCAAGCUAUUGUUACUGUAUGUGGGAAUCAGUAAUUUUGUUUCCUGCGCAGCGGAAAGUGUUGACCACAGGUGGGGAAAAAGGAAUGGUUUGUGCGCAUUCCACAGUUGUAAGUUCAAGCUAAGCUAUGUCCUCGCAUGGCCUCGUACAACGUCUGACCUCACUAGCUGGCAUGUCACAUGGUAUCAUUCAGGUGUUUCCUUUUUUUUUCUUCUAAGCGCUGUAUUCAUUUUCGAAAUUCCCAGCAGCAAUUCCGUUUUGUGCUCGGACACGGAGAUUUCUACGCAAACCGUGUGCAAAUGAUGUCGUUUAAAGCGAUUGGCUAUUCGAUAUCGCGCUCACCAUGCGUACUGUGCAUGUGCAGACUUGACAUCACGUAAAAAUCAAAUAUGAAAGUAUUCAAGGAUUAUUUAAAAUUGUGAUUGUGUCCAGUAUGACAAAUUUUGUUCUUUUUUACUGAAAGCUCCGUAAAGUAGUAUAUUUAUUAAUGUCAAUGAACUGCAUGCCAUGCUGCUAUGAUUACACUUCAAACAAAGACAGCAGUCAUACUUCCAGAACUUCAAUCUCGAGGUCAGGGUCUUUGCUAGUCGUAAAUUAUUUGUGGGGCACUUUCCAACAAUGCUGUACUUCUGGAACACCAUUUUGGGACAUGGCUACACGUUUAGGUUCUUAUCAAAGCAUUUGGUGCCAAUUCCAUUAUCUUGAAGGGUGACGGGGAAUGAUUAUCCAGUCCGAUUUACUCAGGCACUUGCAGAAGACUGAUCAAUUAGACUUCAGUGAAAUUUUUUUCAAACAUUUCUGCGACUGUAAACCUUUCAUUUUUUUCAUACACGUAUUUACAUCAUGAGUAUGCAUUGCACUGCUCACUGUGAGCACUCAGUCGAGGAUUGAAGAUGAGUCGCGUCCUCGCUCAGUUUUAUUUUAGCCACAACAGUUCCCCCUUUGAUCAUGGCGAUACAUGUAAAUUCCCAGCAUGCAGACUAAGCGUGUAAACCAGUGAAGCUAUAGGAGCGUCGUUCGACUCAAAUGAAAGUAGAACUUUUAUGCACUGGAGGGCGUGGCCCCGGUGCACUUGACUGCAUGCAGUUUUCACCUGAAUGCACACAACCGGUGGUAUUAUUGGGUUUACUUAAGCAUUUACCAAGGAAUGUUUCCUCCCAGCAUACUGUAGCCGUCCUUUUUGGAUAGUAAGGUCAUUAUUAUUAUAAGAACUGGCACAUACACAGACUCAGUCGUGCCAGUUCAAUUCUAAAAGUUAAAAGUAAAUGAAAUACGAAUAAAAAAACAAACUUGAUUUUGAUCAGUGUGAAAAAGGGGUCGUUUUGGAUGGAGCAUGUACUUGCACAUGGUGAGGUUGUGGAGUUAUUUUCUAGCUGUAUCAAUCUUUUUAACAAUGCACAAACUUAUGUAAGCUAUUUUGAUUUGCAAGUUUUUACUUUUGUUUGGAUUUUACUAUGUAGACGGCUUAAUUUGUUGAAAUCCUGCCCUGCAUGUGAUAAGUGUCAUGUGGUUUGCACAAAUGGGCACCCUCCUGCAAGCGUGCGUGUGUGUGACUCGUCUGCGCCGGGUGUAAAUACUGUACAUACGUUUUUUAUUUCUUGUCUUUUCUGUUGUACUUUUUUUCCUCCAGUAAAAUAUUCAGAUCCUUUGUUCAGUGUUUGUCUUACUAAAUGAAUUAGCUGUCUCUCUCUCUGUUUCUCUCUUUUGUUUUAAAGUAUUUUUAGUGACCUUUGUAAAAUUUCUUUAGCGUAGGCAUUACAGACGGACACAUACUGUACUGCAGUACGUGCACUUGUGUAGUUUUUAAGUAGACUAACGUAAAGCAUUGAAUGGUGUACAUGUGUAUACAGGGAUUUGGUUUAGUUUUGUACAUGUACUUUGGGUUUUCUAAUUAUGCACAGAGAAGAUCACUUUAUACCUUGAAGUCACCGGUAGAUCCAUUGCAUUUUGUCAUACAUGUACGUACAGGUCUAGUUGUAGGAAUAAAUAAUGCUGUUAAUGUACUAAUUUUUAUGCAUUUCGAAUACAGGUGAAAAGUUGUCUGAAUUAUAUUUUUCAGUGCAGCAUGUAAUUAGAGCAGUUGUCUAGGGCCAGUCAAAUUUUUUUUUCUUUUUCCUUUUUUUUUCUUCAAGUGUUUUGUACAAUAAUGCACUGGUCUGGGUCUUCAGGUCAUAUGAAUAUGAGUGACUUGUUUGAAAAUGUCCACAAUUCAGAUUGAAUAUAGAAACAAUAUGUAAGAUUACUUGAAAUAAUAACUUAUGGUAAUAACAAAUAACUUAUGGUAAUAACCCUGGUACAUGUAUUUAAAUGACAGGUUACGUGUGCACUUAAAUACGAGUGGCUGUAUGUACCAGGCCAUGUUAGCUGCAAUGUCAGUGGUACUGAUCAUCACAUCAGGAAAGUCAGUGGAGGCAUUCCAAAGAGGUAGAAAUAAUUCAACCUGUUUGAACACUGGGAGAUAUGCCGACAGUGAUGGUGAAAUGUAGGCCUUUGGCACGUUUCUUGGUCUUCUUUCUCCAUUGCCUUUUACUCCAAAAGCAGAGAGCAGCUCAUGUUGCUUGAUGGACAUACCCACACAGACGAAUGCAUGUACGUGUAACCAUUUGGCUGAUCUUAAUCAAGCAUUUAGUGUCAAGUUCUGUGCUGCAUACCCAUGUGUGCCGACUAAGUGCCCGUUGGUAAAAGACCGAUGCUAGUUAGAUGAAACGAGAGGGAAGAAAUGUUUGGGUUGAAAUCAGUUUGGAAGCCGAGGAUUACGGGAACAGGACGAGGUACUUUUUUGACAUCUCCCAAAUUGCAUGGAGGUCAUUCCAGAUGGCCUGUUGGAUGUAUAGGGUGGCAUUGCAUGGAUUAUAAGUUGUCUGUCGGGAUUUGGCAUUCCUAGCGAAUGAAUGAAGGCAUGUAAGCCUCUACUAUCGUCCUGUAACAAAGGCUGACAGUCCCAAGCCUUGUCACUUGAUUCCAAGGGGUUCAAAGUGUCUGCAUGUAAAACAGGAAAGUGCUGCAAGUUUUCCACCAGGUACAAACUUGAAUUUGAGACGUGUAGGCGUUGGUGGGCUUGUCAUAGCAGAUUUCAACUUUCCAGGGCCGUGUUGGUUUGCCGCUAGCAUCCCUUUGUCGCGGAGCUGCAAGUACUGCCUCUGCUGCUUUCCUGUACAGAAUGUAAAUGAUUUUUUUUUUUUGCUAAAAAUGCUGCUGUUAAAAAGUUUAUUUGUGGCGUCGUGAAACACUGCACUUUCAUUCUCUGCCAAAGGAGGGCUUUGUGGGCCGGUGGAUACAGCUCUCUGACAGGACAAAUUGAAGUAGCUGACAGAAUGCAACGUCGUGGUAUUCACAUCAUUGUCAGUUCUAGUACCGAAAUCUGCCUGAUGUUGCUCAGUAAACCUGAAAAUAGAAACUUGUACUUGUCUGAGGUCUACAUGUACAUGUACCUAUUUACAUGGAAGAGCAGGAGAGAUCUGAUUACUCAUGGUCGGAGAAGCCCCAGGGAGUGAGAGCGUUUCACAUGGUUAUAUGUGUUUGAUAGGGAACUCACAUUGACUCAUGGGUUGUUUCUCCCGUCAUGUCACACCAACUUGUUCUUUCAGAUACGUCAUUGUUAGGCAUUGACAGAAAUGUCCUUCAUUGCUAGUGUCAAGGUCUCGCCAGAGAUUCAAAGCAUAGUCUGCUGUGUCAGGAUGUGUGGAGCUUGCUAUGAAGCAGACCAGAAUGUCAUUGUUUCGCCUUUUUCCCAGGUGUGGCGAACCUGUCAACAUUGUUUCGUGUUGACGUAUAUCCAAUGACUAAAGAAUCAUGUGCCUAAGACACAACCAUCAGGCAUUACUUAAUGCUGCGUUUUGAUUUCGGCUCGCGCACAAGUAUAAUGGUGGCUGAAAAGUUGCUGUUGAAAGUAUUCGACAAAUAAAAAAAAAGAUGGCACUCAAAUACUGCCCAAGUUGUACUUGUUCGUGUAACAAUCUCCAAAGGUUUUACCAAAAAGGAGCCAUCAGCAUCUCAGUUGGUUAACAGUGCGACAUCAACCCACCAGAUAGUUUUUGGAUGCAUUUCCUGUUGUUCUACCUCAGUAUAUAUUCUUUAGGGGAAACUCUAGGCAUCUUCUUACUGUGUUUGUGUUUUGUAAUGUUGCCUGGCGACAAGAAUCCGUAGGUUUUCUAUUCUGUGUAGAGCCAUGCUGUAGUGUUCUACCUCAGACAAUGGCAGAGUGCGUCAUGUGUGUGUAAUGGAGGGGGUGCUUUUUUUUCUUGCAGAAAGUUGAGUGGCUGGGGUAGGGCUUAUCUGUUCUUAUCGACUUCCAAUAAGGCACUUGAGACGUAGAUUUUUCAAAUGCAACCUUUCUUCAGUAAAAAAAAAAAAAUGGACAUUGUAAAAGUGUAAUGCAUAUGUACUAGAUUGACAAAUGGGGUGUGUGCAUGGCGAAGUGAAAAAAGCAUGGUAAAAUUUCACUGGACAUUAUCUUCAUUUGCUGUGACAUCGGGCAGUUUUUAACAGUGUAAAGACAGAAAGCACUACCCACUCCUCUCUUCCUUCCCCCCCCUUUUGCUCUCCUGGAUGUUUUGUGUCAUAAAGGUGUGGUUCUCAGCAUGUUGCAUGUACCAGCCAAGGGUCGUCGGGUUGGCAUUUCAGGCAACACCUUUUGGAAUUCGAAUGGGCUUUUGGAUGGCACGUUUUGUAUCCACAUGCACUUGCCAACAUUAGCAAACCGUCUUGACUUAUGAACACCCCUUUUGGCAGUCCAGCAAAAAUUGGCCCCGCGAAUGUGGACACCCCCCACUGGCUGCCGUGACCGAAAGACCAGCUGGCGAUCUGGCUCUCUUGGAGGCUGGCACCUGCAUGUAUCCAGCACAGCGGACGAAGGCCGCGUCCUGAAUCACUUGGCUAUGGCUUGAAAUUAAACACAAGUCUAGGGUUGUAGCUGCAGCCAGUUUCCAUAAAGUUGUGUACAAUUUCAAGCCGCAGCCAAGUGAUUUGGACACAGCCAUACUGUGAAACUGCCAAGGCAGCCGAGGAGACCUUGAUUUCUCUCUGACUAGGAUUCGAGUGAUCUCCACAGGAGAACCACACCUGAUGCAACUGAGCGCACACAAGAUGUCAGACUUGUCAUUUAUGUAGCUGUGCAUUUUUGGCACAUAGAGCCGCUUUUUGGAAAUUUUUAGAGUGAAGCAGAUUGCUUAAUCAUGCUAGCGAAGACGACUGUAAACUGACACAAUUUCGUUUUUUAAAAAAGUGAUUUCAUGUAAUCAUGAGUAACAGUUCAACAACUAAACACAAACCACAGGAAUUGACACUGUGAACCUGUAAAAAAUGAUACCACACAGAAAGAAAUCACCUUUGCUGUUUUAAACUGAAAGUAUAUUAUUGUAAAUGUACAGAAAAAGAACAAAAAAAAUUGAGUUAAGAUGUGUAAAAUAUUGCCAUAGUACAGUAUGUGGAAGUAGUUGGUAGACCCGUAGCAUACGUUGUGUUCAUUAUGAAUACCAGCUGAAUCAGUAUUGUAGAUUAGGUAUAGGCUGUUGCUGAUGUUUGUUGAAUAAGGGAAAUGCUUCAUGUAUUCAUGUGGUUCACAUUCUUAAUCCUUACCCGUAAAUAAAGGUGUCCCAAAAAUGGA